GGUUAUGUUUAUUUCUUGCGUAUUUUUGUGCGUUAUUUACUUAUCUUAAUUAUUAGUUUAGUAAUGAGUUCAGAUUCUGAUGAUGAAAAUACAAUUCGUUACGGGACACCGCUGGAACCGUACGAAGAAGAUGAAGUACCAUCAAAAAGGAAGUACCAACAACCAGCAGACCAAUAUGCGGUGGACGACCAUGGCCGGAGGAGGUUCCACGGUGCCUUCACUGGAGGUUUUUCCGCUGGCUUCCAGAACUCUGUUGGUUCUCAAGAAGGAUGGACACCGGCUACCUUCAUUAGUUCUAGAAGCGAAAAGGCUCAGGUGUCUGGUCAAAGACCAGAAGACUUCAUGGAUGAUGAAGACCGCAGCGAGUUCGGCAUCGCGCCGCGCCACGUGCAGACACACAGCGAAUUCUCCGGACAGAAGCGGCCUAGACAGAGGACCUUCCAUGAUGGACCUAUACCAGGAGAACCAGUAUUGGAGCAGCUUCUACGGCCAGUGCACGAGACUGCGGCAGUGCGCAUGCUCAAGUCCAUGGGCUGGCGUCCCGGCCAGGGCACCGGGGAACGCGUCACGAAGAAAAAGAAAAAAGUUUAUGGGUGCUACAUACCCCGUAAUACUGAGGACAAACCUCAAUCGGAAGAAGACAGUUCCGACUCAGAAUACGACUUCGACACAUUAUUCGCGCCAGACGAUUAUGAACCUUAUAUUCUGGCCAGGAAGAACGACCGCUUCGGCCUGGGGUACUCCGGGCUGAGCCGUCAUUCUGUUCUGGGUAAUCCAGUUGGGGAGUACGGCGGUGACGCUGGCAGCUCUAGGAGUCAUCUCGUUAUGAAGGAUAAGGGGAGGAAGGUAUCAAUCCGCGGCCAAGCGUUCGGCGUGGGCGCAUUCGAGGCAGAGGACGAGGACAUAUACGCGAGGGAGGAUAUGUCGCACUAUGACUUCGCUAUCGGCGGCCCCGCCAGCGAGGACACCAAGAAGAAGACUGCUAAGAAGGAGAAUAGCGUUCUAGAAGGCUUCGUCAGAUCGAGCGCAGCGUGGCCAGCGGUGACGUCAUACCCUGCGCCCGCGCUGCCGCGCCACUACGCGCCGGCGCCGGCGGGCAAACGACGCACGCGCUUCGAGCCCGCUGACACGCCGCAGCGAGACCAAGGUCUAGGCCGACACGAGCUCACGCCAGAAGCCCGCGGCGCGUUGUUGGGCGAGACCCCACUAAAACCCAUACAACAGGAUCCCAUACCAACUCCCAUACAAACGACUACACCCAUACAAACCGACCCCAUAGCCAAACUGAUAGGUAGAAACGUCAACUUUGUAACCACAACAGAAGAACCUAAAGAACUAGACUUCAUAUCUAUUAAAGAUUCAGGCAAAGACUUGGUAAAAGUAUUUAAGCCUUUUGUUAGUAAUCCACAGAAACAAGCGAGAUACGAAAUGUUUUUGAAGGACAGAGACAGUUUAACGAAAGAGGGAGACGGGGAGAUGGACAAGUUGAGCGAGUGGGAGAGAAACAGAGAGAUGGUGGAGUUUGAACAAGCUGCCAAGUUGUAUAGGCCGCUAACUGGGGAAAUGGGAGAUAGAUUCACCCAUGCGUCACAACCAGACGAGGCGGUCAACCCUCUCUGCGCGGUGUCUAAAAGCAAGACAAACUAUGGACUAGCCACAGCGGAGCAGCAAGCAGCAGCGGAGCGCGGGGUGUAUGGGGUGAUGACCAGAGCACAGCGCAGCUGGCGGCCCGACCCGCUCGUCUGCAAACGGUUCAACAUACCCGACCCGGGGGGCAGGGUUGAACCACAAAAAGAAGACAAACCAAAAGUGUCCUACUCCAUAUUUUCAUAUUUGGAAUCCUCAGUCCACGACAAAGAAAGCUUUGCCAAAGAACAGAGCAAGUUCAGCGGCUCUAAGUCUCUAUCCGCUGAAGUAUCUAAGCCUAAUAAACCUAUUGAAAAUUCAAUUCGAGAAAAACCUGAUGCAACACCAAGAAUUCCAAGUCCAAUAGCUUCAACAAGCGACGCUCACACAGGUUUUACUAAACGAAUGACCGUAGCAGAACUGUUCAUGAGAGAAUCAGAGAAGGAUUUGAAGAACAAAAGUCAAGGUGUAGAAGUGACCGAUACAAUUGAAAAGUUCGAUAAAAUGGACCUUUAUAAGUCAAUAUUCCUCAGCGACAGUGAAGAUGAAGAAGAAAGGCCUAAAGAGACUGAGACAAUAAUCAACUUUGACGAUUUCGCUGACGUGCCGAAAAACACUGAAAGAAACACGUCACCACCACGAGGUAUUUUCGCUAACAUCGAUUUCGACGAGCUAAACUCAUGGAGAAGAAAAGCCGAUGAUAAACAACCCCAGUGCAACCCUCCUGAAGACAAAGCUACAAAUAAACCUGAAGACAAGGAUAGCAACAGUAACAACGCGAAUGAAGAAAAGGGACAGGAAACAGAAGAUUGUAUAUACGGACCGAAAAUACCGGAAAAUUUACAGAAAAGACUGGAAACUGCCGAGGCAAACCUCGAGCCAAGCCUGCCGAGGUUUGGCUCGGCUAAUUUUAGACCCCUAUUUAACCGUAAAGUAGACAAGGAUGAAAUUCAUGAAAUAUCGUCAUCAAGUUCCGACUCCUGGGUAGAAGCCAAAGAAGUGAAAAGUAAGAAAUCCAAAAGGAAAAAGAGUAAGAAACAUAAGUCUAAGCAUAAAAAGUCUAAACAUAAGAAGAAAAACAGAUGAGGUGUUUAAUAAAAUGCAUGUAACUUCAA